AUGCGUCGUCUUGUACUCAGGAUCGCCAUCGCGGCCGCCUUAGUUCUCGCCUUUUGGCUACUCACGUACACUUUGGAACCUAGGAGGACCGCAUAUUCCUGUCGCUUUGGCGACCGUCAUCGAUACCCACAACAGCCAACGCAGCCAUCCAUAUGGGAAGCGGAAGACGAGGUGCAGAAUGGAAAUCUGCGCUUUACUCGACAAUCUAAGAGCGCAAAGCCUGAGCUCCUGAUACUUGUCCUUGCACGGGAUGCGAACUCAUGGAGUCGCGACUUCCGGUCGACCCAACGCUCAGUAUACGAUUUCAUAGACCUGCUUGCGGCCACUGAUCUGGACUUCUCAACUGUGUCCCUCGCAAUGGCCACAAAGGAUGUAGGCGAAUACGCAAGCAUGCAGGCAGCCACCAGUCGCAUAGUCACUGCGAGAACGACGCUCUGGCUGCAGAAUGAGCCUGAUGAAGUGCCUUACGAGCAGAGACAUAACCCGUUGAUUCAGCUCGCACGCAGAGCGUCACUAGCAAAGUUGCGCAACCGCCUGAUGAUCUCAGCACUAGACGAUGAACAGCAUCUAUUGUGGCUAGAUGCCGAUGUUGUCGAGCUAUCUACACAAAUCAUACAGACCAUAUUGCAGCAGUCCGCCAAGAAUGACAGUGUCGGGAUCAUUACGGCCAUGUGCCAUCAAAACCAGAUGGACAAUUAUGACAAGAAUGCCUGGAGAGUCGACUCUCCCAGCCUGAUGGGACCGAUCAACGACGAUGGCCGAGAGAACGCUGUCAACCAGCUUGUGAAAGAACGACUGUUCCUGCCUGAAGCAAUGAAGGCCUCCUCAGAUGAUGAUGUCGUGCCACUUGACAGUGUGGGCGGUACCAUCUUGUACAUCCGGGCUGACCUUGUACGCCAAGGACUGAUGUUCCCAUACUUCAAUAUCGUGGGAACAACCUGGAGUAAGCCGGGGUGGAUAGGUGUGGAAACAGAAGGCUUAUGCUACAUGGCUCGCGAGCUGAAAGGCGGUGGCUGCUUUGCUCUAGCGGGUGAUCACUGGGCGAGGCACACAGACUGGGGAUAG